CGGACCGUCGCUCCUGAGUUCCCUAACCAUGGGCCCGCGGAGCCGCGAGCGUCGGGCCGGGGCAGUGCAGAGCACCAACGACAGCAGCGCCGUCAGCAAGACCUCCCUGGCUGCGCGCGGGUACGUGCACGACGCCUUCGCCGCCUUGCUAGUUCCAGGGACCGCGCGCCGCGCGCCGCUCAUCCACCGCGGCUACUACGUCCGCGCACGCGCCGUGCGGCACUGCGUGCGCGCCUUCCUGAAGGGGACGUGCGCGGUCCCCGGCGCGCCUCGCGCCCAGAUUCUGUCGCUCGGCGCUGGCUCGGACUCGCUGUAUUUUCGCCUCAAAACUGCGGGCCGCCUGACCCGGGCUGCCGUCUGGGAGGUAGAUUUUCCGGACGUGGCACAGCGCAAAGCGCAGAGGAUUCGAGAUACGCCGGAACUGUGUGCGUUAACCGGGCCUUUCCAGAGCGGGGACCCCGGGUACACGUUGUGCUUUGAGAGCUCGGACUACUGCAUCCUGGGCCUGGACCUGCGGCAGCUUCAGCGAUUGGACCACGCCCUGGGCACCGCGGGCCUUGACGCAGCCGCACCGACUCUCCUCCUGGCUGAGGCCGUGCUGACCUACCUCGAGCCGGAUGAUGCCGCGGCCCUCAUCGCCUGGGCCGCCCAGCGUUUUUCUAAUGCCCUUUUCGUCGUCUACGAGCAGAUGAGGCCGCGUGACGCCUUUGGCGAGUUCAUGCAGCAACAUUUUCGGCAGCUGAAUUCUCCCCUGCAUGGCCUGGACCGCUUUCCCGACGCGGAAGCCCAGCAGCAGCGCUUCCUUCAGGCCGGCUGGACCGCCUGCCGUGCCAUGGACAUGAAUGAGUUCUAUCGCUGCUUUCUUCCCGCAGAAGAACGCCGGCGCGUGGAAAAUCUCGAAACUUUCGACGAGUUUGAGGAGUGGCAUCUGAAGUGCGCCCACUAUUUCAUUCUGGCCGCUUCUCGGGGAGACGCCCUCUCCCAAACUCUGGUGUUUCCACCCUCAGAGACGUUUCCUCGGAUAGAUCCUGCUUCCCCUUCAGGAGUCUUCCCGGCCAGUAUAGUCACUGGUGAUAGCCAGGGCCCAGACCUUAAGAGAUAUGGGCACGCCUCGGUCCUUUUGAGCCCAGGUCUUAUUCUCAGUGCUGGAGGAUUUGGAGAGCAGGAGGGGCGACAUUGCCGAGUGAGAAAGUUUCACUUGCUCUCAAGAUACUGUGACUUUGAAUGGAAAGGCAACCAAAUAUGCAGUUGGGGGGCUGGAGCUCAGUGGGAUGGACGCCUUUAUCACACCAUGACAAGACUUUCAGAUACUCAGGUUCUGGUUCUGGGAGGGAGACUGUCCCCAGUAACUCCAGCCUUGGGGAUUCUCCAGCUUCUUUUUUGCAAGAGUGAGGAUAAUAACCCUGAGGACCUAAAUGUCACAGUCACAAAGGUCGGCCCAGAAGAAGAUUCCACUUUGUCAUGUUGGCGCCACUCGACAACAGAAGUGUCCUAUGAGAAUCAGAGAUAUUUGUUUGUGUAUGGGGGCCGCAGUGUGGCCGAACCUGUACUAAGUGACUGGCAUUUCCUACAUGUGGGGACAAUGGCUUGGGUCAGGAUCCCAGUGGAGGGAGAAGUACCUGAAGGUCGGCAUUCCCACAGUGCCUGCAGCUGUCAAGGGGGAGCCCUCAUUGCUGGAGGUCUGGGUGCUUCUGAGGAACCGUUAAGCUCUGUACUCUUUCUGAAACCAAUCUCUUGUGGAUUCAUCUGGGAAUCAAUAGCCAUCCAGCCUCCCAUUACCCCAAGGUACUCCCAUACAGCUCAUGUGGUCAAUGGGAAGCUUUUGUUGGUUGGAGGGGUCUGGAUUCAUUCCUCCUCAGUUCCUGGAGUGACUGUUAUUGAUCUGUCUACAGGACUGAGCUUCGAGUAUCAGAUUGACACAACAUGUGUGCCAUGGCCGUUAAUGUUACACAAUCAUACCAGCAUUCUCCUUCCUGAAGAGCAACAGCUCCUGCUCCUUGGAGGUGGUGGGAACUGCUUUUCCUUUGGUACCUACUUCAACCCCUGUACAGUGACAUUAGACCUUUCUUCCUUAAGUGCUAGGCAGUAAGGACUGGACUUGUGAUAUAUUCAGGACCCACUAAAGUAGACAAUAAAGCUUUCCAAAAUAGUAUUUGACUCUGGCUAUAGAUAUUACCACUCCCCUGUUCCCAUUCCUUUUUUUGUUUUUGUUUUUUUCUGUUCAGUGCAAAAAGAAAAAAAGUUGUUUAAACACACACCAACGUUCAAAGAGAUGGUACAAAAAUAAAACAUAAAUAGGGCUAUCUGAAGAGAGUGGUCAUAUAGUCCUAGAGUAGGAAUUGGGGGCCUUUGGGUCACUGUAUCUAGUUUACUGGUCUUCCUCCCAUUUUCUAAUCUGAGUUUAUCCAUUUACUGAGUUACAAUGACCUGUAGCCUAAGUCAAGUGAAACUUUUCCCAAUGCCAGGCUUUGUGAUUUUAGAUGGGACCUUGGAAGAAGUUUCACACAGAUCCUUGGUAACAAGGCUGAAUAUAGGUGAAGGGACAUGGUAUUGACCUCGUUCUUCAUGUAUGAAACCUGAAAUGAACCCAGUUGCAGUUUGAUUAAAGCAUUGUGCCAUUUAGUGCAGCAGAGAACUCUGAUAGCUUUAAUAAGACACAUUUGUAUGACUUUAUUGACACAUGGUUUUGUUCCAUUUUUUUGCCACCGGUUCUAUAUUUAUUUAGAAUUAUAAGUGCUAAUAAACCAAACAUUUGAUUUCUCAGCUCAUUUUGUAUAUGGUAUGAAAAUGUUUUGCUCCAGAUCUACUCCACCCUUCACUAUGUUCUGUGUCCCAGGAGGCCAACCUUUAUGAAUUGCAUCAAUGAGUUUACUUGUUCUCUGGUGUUUGGUGAGUUCCAUCAGUCAGAGGUACCAGAGAGGGAUGGUUGGACAGUGAGAGUAUUCCACGUGUUUCCCCUACCAGUCUGCAAGUUGGCAUUAGCUGCAUUCCUUUUUUUUAAAAUAAAUUUAUUUAUUUUUGGC